AUGGCGCCAAAGCGAAAGUCAGCCCCGCCUACUCCAGAAACUGCGCUCGAGCAGUUGCGCAAGUCCCAGUCACUCAAGCUCCUGGCCAUCGCCGAAACAUUGUCGCCAAAAGACCUUCCACAGUCGGCGAAGAAGCGCAGCUCAGUAGUGUCAGAAGAUAGCGAACAGAACGGCGACACUCACCCUGCUGCACUUGAGGCAGACCUGGUGCAUUACAAGGAACUAUUCAGUAAACUCCGCUUCAGUUAUGUCGAACAAGUCACGAAGGAAAAGUUCCUACGCAGCAUCACCGAGAACCCCCCACGCCUAGUCGAGGCCCCCGAGAAUGACGAGAAGGAGCAGGAGAUUCUGACACUCAAAGCAAGUCUAAAGGAGCGCAAACUCGAAGUGGCCGAGAUACUCAAACAGCUCGAGGAGAAGGGCAAAGAGCUUUCCCUGCGAUAUGAGGGGCUGCAACUACGGACACAGCAGUUGGAGUCUUUGCCUGUCGAGAUUGAGGGCUUGGAAGCCAGCAUCGAGCGACUGAAACAAGAGCAGACGCCAGCAUCCGAAAAUCCGGAGCUCUCGCUUCCGCUACCAGAAACGAACAAGAUCCUCAGCGAGCGCGAAGCUGAGUUGGAAGCACUGAAUGCGCAGAUAGCUAGUUUGCAGGCGUCCAUGCCGAGUCGAGCACGAGAAUUGGAGAAGCUGGAGCGCGAGCUGAAGCCACUCGAGACGCAGAAGAACGGCACUGUUGCGGCAGCUAAAGAGGCACGGCGGAGGAAAGAGGAAGGCGGCGGUAUUGGGGAUGAGCUGGAGGAGAGGGGCCGAUGGCUUCAGGCUUCCGAGAAGGCUCUGAAGGAGAUGCUAGAUGUCUAG